GGGCGGGGCGUAGGCGCGGGGCGGGGCUAGUGGGCGGGGCGGUGGGGCUCGGGGCAGCUGGCCCGGGUGGGCCGGGACACAAGCCACCGGCGCCUCGGUACCCAGACGGCGGCGGCGGCCGCUCCCUCGGCCUGGCCUCUGUCCUCGCGGCGACCCCGCGCCCCGGCCCACUGGGCCCCGGCGGGCUAUGCCGUCGCCCCCGCCGCCCACCGUGCUGGUGCCGUCGGAGCGCGCCGUGGUGCUGCUGUCGUGCGCGCUCUCGGCGCUGGGCUCCGGCCUGCUGGUGGCCACCCACGCCCUGUGGCCCGACCUGCGCAGCCGGGCGCGGCGGCUGCUGCUCUUCCUGUCGCUGGCAGACCUGCUCUCGGCCGCCUCCUACUUCUACGGGGUGCUGCAGGACUUCGCGGGCCCCUCGUGGGACUGCGUGCUGCAGGGCGCGCUUUCCACCUUCGCCAACACCAGCUCCUUCUUCUGGACCGUGGCCAUCGCCCUCUACCUGUACCUCAGCAUCGUCCGCGCCGCGCGCGGACCCCGCACUGACCGCCUGCUGUGGGUCUUCCACGUCGUUAGCUGGGGGGUUCCACUGGCCAUCACCGCAGCGGCUGUCGCCCUAAAGAAGAUCGGCUACGAUGCCUCGGAUGUGUCUGUGGGCUGGUGCUGGAUUGACCUGGAGGCUGAGGACCGUGUCCUGUGGAUGCUGCUGACGGGGAAGCUGUGGGAGAUGCUGGCUUACGUCAUGCUGCCCCUGCUGUACCUCCUGGUCAGGAAGCACAUCAACAGGGCGCACGCAGCGCUCUCAGAGUACCGGCCCAUCCUCUCGGAGGCGCACCGCCUGCCCUGCCACUCCUCCAUGGCCGAUAAGAAGCUGGUUCUCAUCCCGCUCAUCUUCAUCUGCCUCCGGGUCUGGAGCACCGUGCGGGUAUUGGGAACACGUUUCAGGGAGGUGCCAACUGCAUCAUGUUUGUCCUCUGCACCCGCGCCGUCCGAACCCGGCUCUUCUCCCUCUGUUGCUGCUGCUGCUCUGGUCAGCCUCCAGCCGAGGCCCCAGCCAGCCCUUCCGAGGCUCCAGCACCCUCCAAGACAGAAGGGCCUUAGGCACCCAGACAGCUCCCACAGGAACUUCCAAGCACUUGAACUUUUGCCCUUCAAAGUUUUCUGCAUAGGUGUCACCCUCCUGGGAACAGGUGGCUCUGUAAGUCCCUUGUGCAAGGAGUGGGCGUCUGUUGCACUGGAGACCCCACUAGUGACACCCUCCACCCCUGUGGGGGGAGCAACCACCAGCUCCACUUCUUUUACCUCCUGGACCCUCAGGUGGCACAUUCCAGCCACACACGUAUCCUGGCACACUGGGGGCUAUUCACCUGCAUGAGGGUGACAGUGAGAGUCAGGGAAACCAGUGGUCCCUGAUCGCUGCCAGGGAGCCUCUAGUCCAGUGGCCCUCAGUGUCCUGAGGACCUCACAGCACUGUUUACAAUUUGAAGGAUCCACACCCGUGCACCCAUCUGAGUAUGAUUAAAAACAAAGUCCAAGAUGUGUCCCCACCUCCUACACAUCGAGGACCAGAUUCCUGGUUUGCCGGGCAUUGAGAUUCCCUGGAGAGCCCGGCCCUGCUUGGAUAGCUUCGCUGGCUAACAGAAGUCUGUUACUUUUACCCAGGUUGAAGAUUCCCUUGAGGUUGCGUGGUGACCAGCACACAGGAGCACAACCCAGCACAACUGCUCAGGGACAGCUGGUCUCCUCGGGGUGUCCUGGAUUCCCUCUCUGUGGGUUGCCAACCCUUGAUGCAGGUUGUGUUUGAGUUUCAAGCUCAGGCCGUAAUCCAGACCGUCACCUCCACCUGUCAAUCACUUAAAACAUAGUUCCCUCCUUCCGAUGCAAGGGCUGGAGCAAGAGGCAUCUCAGGGAACCCCUGAGGACACCCCACUCCUCUCCAGGCCCUUCCCCAUAUCAUCCUGUUCAUAGGGAGACUAAAAUGGGGGUGACAUGGGAGGGGACCUGUGUUAUUCACUUCCUAGUUCAGUUUUUUGUGGGAAAGGUGACCAGAAAGUUAGUGAAUGAUCCAAAUACUGAUUCUUCCCUGAAGGUGAAGGUUGUAAGAUUCUAUUGUCUGGGUGCUGGGUCAAGGCAAGUGGCAACAUGGAUUAUGGACAUUUAAAAGGAAAAGGAGUUAAAAUAAGCAACUGCAUCUCUAUUUAUAUCCUAUGGUCUUCCACCAAAAGUUUCCUCUUCUUUUCAGAAAGCAAUUUUUCCAUUAGUUCACAGAAGCCAUCAGCUGAAAACAGGAAGUGUGUUACGGGGGUGGGGGGGCUUCACCCGAGACAGUGCCAAGGUGACUGCCCUUGGCUUCCAUCAGAACUGUUCAAGACAGGAACGAUUUUCUGAGCCUCAUAAAAGGGAUCUGGAUUAAAGCCAUCAUGCUGGCCAGGCGUGGUGGCUCACGCCUGGAAUCCUAGCACUCUGGGAGGCCGAGGUGGGUGGAUUGCCUGAGCUCACAAGUUCAAGACAGCCUGAACAAAAAGUGAGACCCCCAUCUCUACUAAAAUAGAAAAACUGAGGCAAGAGGAUCGCUUGAGCCCAAGAAUUGGAGGUUGCUGUGAGCUAGGACACCACAGCACUCUACCUAGGGCAAUAGCUUGAGACUCUGUCUCGGAAAAAAAAAAAAAAAGUCGAAGUCAUGCUGUGCUAUUGGUUCCUAUUUUACUCUGAAAAACAAUAUACCAGUCAUGUUAAGGAAUCAGUCCAAAAUGAUCACCUUGGUUGCAUUUGUUUUUCUUUUUUUUUUUUUUUUUUUUUUGGUUUUUGGCCAGGGCUGGGUUUGAACCCGCCACCUCCAGCAUAUGGGACUGGCGCCCUACUCCUUGAGCCGCAGGCGCCACCCCUUGGUUGCAUUUGAAAACAGAUUUCUUGAUAAAAAUCAACAAGAGGUGAACAUCUCAGGACUUAACAUCCUUACAGAAACCCUAAGAACAUCACAGCAAGACCUCUGGGCACAAAGCUGAAAAAGACCCUCACUUACUUUAGCUUCUAGAGCGGAGCAAUAAUUCAGGAAUUUGCUUGCUGCAAGGGAGAAAUGCUGUAAACGGAGUCCUAGGCCCAGAGGAGUAUGUCGGAAUAAACCCUGCUCCCUGCUCCCUGCCCAGCAGGGCUCCCGGGACCUGCUGCCUGCAGAAAGCCCUGUAGAGGGAGGCAGAGGCUCAGAAAACACCUGCUCCGGGUAGCUCAGGUUCUCAUUCCAGUUGGUCGAUGCCAUUGGCUGCACUAUCUGCUUUUGUAAAACCUCCAGAAACUCGCACCUGGGCUGAUCCACAUCAGC